ACCCAAUUCGCCGCAUUUGAUUUCGAGUUCCACCGCCCGCACAGCAAAGCAAAAAAAAGCCAAGUUUCGAAGCCGACAAGAGGAUCCAUGGCCCGUACCAAGCAGACCGCCCGCAAGUCCACCGGCGGCAAGGCGCCCCGCAAGCAGCUCGCCACCAAGGCUGCCAGGAAGUCCGCCCCGACGACCGGCGGCGUGAAGAAGCCGCACCGCUACAGGCCCGGCACCGUGGCGCUCCGCGAGAUCCGCAAGUACCAGAAGAGCACGGAGCUGCUGAUCCGCAAGCUGCCCUUCCAGCGCCUGGUCCGCGAGAUCGCGCAGGACUUCAAGACGGACCUCCGCUUCCAGUCCCACGCCGUGCUCGCCCUCCAGGAGGCCGCCGAGGCGUACCUCGUCGGGCUCUUCGAGGACACCAACCUCUGCGCCAUCCACGCCAAGCGCGUCACCAUCAUGCCCAAGGACAUCCAGCUCGCCCGCCGCAUCCGCGGGGAGCGCGCCUAAGCGAGACCAAGACCAAUCCCAUCCCCAGCCGCCGCAUCUGUGGGCAUGCCACCGUUCGCCAGCAGUGGUUGAUUCAAUUGUCGUUUUAGAUCGUGUUAGUUUUGGUUUGCGGUGAUGCAAACAGAUGCUUACUGUGAAAUUGUUGGUUAAUCUAGUGUUGAUCGACCAUUAUCGAUAUAUGCAAUUUUGAGGUACUCUGAAGUUGAUGCCUCCUGUUCUCUGAA